AUGGAUUUAUUGCCUUCACAUGAACUUUUCUCUACUAUAAAGGAUCAGGCUGCCCUUAACAUGAUCCGUAAGGUUACUGAUGAUGAGAUAAAAGCGGCUAUGUUCUCUAUUGGUAAGUGCAAAGCGCCUGGUCUGGAUGGGUUUACAUCAGCUUUCUUUAAGAAGUCAUGGUCCAUUGUUGGAAAGGAUGUAUUAACGCCAUCUUCAAUUACUGAUUAUAGGCCUAUUUCGUGUUGUAAUGUACUCUACAAGUGUAUCAGUAAGAUACUGGCUGAUCGUAUUAAGGAUGGUUUGAAGACUGUUGUUAGUAUUAAUCAAUCGGCGUUUGUCUCUGAUAGGAGGAUCUCUGAUAAUAUUUUAUUAACUCAAGAAAUAUUACAUAGUAUUAAUCAAUCUGGUCCUCCUAGAUGUGCAUUCAAAGUAGAUAUCCAGAAAGCUUAUGAUACAGUGGAUUGGGAAUUUUUGCCUCUUACUCUUAAGGGCUUUGGAUUUCAUCCGAUCAUGACUUGUGUGUCUUCCAUGUCCUUCUCUAUUAGUAUCAAUGGACAGGUUCAUGGCUACUUCAAAGGGAAAAGGGGACUUAGACAGGGAGAUCCGAUUUCACCAUAUCUAUUCACCUUGGUUAUGGAAGUGUUGACACUUAUCUUACAACAUGCCACUCAAUUGGAACCAUCAUUUCGAUUUCAUAACAGAUGUGAGAAGCAGAAGCUAAUUAAUCUUUGUUUUGCAGAUGAUCUUUUCUUGUUUUCCAGGGGGGAUGUCAAAUCUGCAAGCCUUAUUAUGCGCUCCUUGGAUUCUUUCAAGAGAAUGUUUGGAUUAGUUCCUAGUGUUCAGAAAAGCACAGCUUUUUUCUAUCAUGUGCCUCAAUCGGAUUGUAAAAUUCUUGUAGAACGGAUGGAGAAGAAGAUACCGGACUGGAAAAACAAAUAUCUUUCGUUUGCAGGUGGGUUUGCAGUUGAUUAUUUAUGUGCUUUCUUCUAUGCAUAUUAUUGGGCGUCUGUCUUUAUUCUACUUGGGCAAGUUAUUAAAGAUCUUGAGAAAACCAUGCGGGGUUUUUUGUGGUGCCAAGGUCCCAUGCAGAAUGGAAAGGCAAAGUCUCUUGGAAAUCGAAGGAAAUCACUUUGGGUGGAUUGGAUUCAUGAUUAUCAUCUUAGGGGACAGAAUUUUUGGGAUGUCCCUAUUAGAGGAUCAUGGUAUGAUAUGGGUCCUCUUUCUGAUUUUAUUCAACCAAGUGAUAUUAGAAGAGGGGGCUUCUAUUUAACGUCUACUAUUGCGGAUAUUAAUAGAAACGGGAGCUGGUUAUGGCCACAGGUAUGGUUGGAUAAAUAUCCUAAUCUUCUUAAUUACCCUCCUAUUCAUCUUACUUUAAACCGUGAUGAGCUUAUCUGGAAGAAUGAUGAUGAGAUAGUGCCAUUCUCAGCUACAACAGUUUGGGAUUCAAUCAGAUUAAAGGAAAAUCAUGUGGGGUGGGUGAAUAUUGUAUGGUUUCCUCAAUGUAUCCCCAGGCAUGCGUUUAAUCUGUGGCUUAUUAUGCGUGAGAAACUCUUAACACAGGACAAAAUUUUGCAAUGGAGUCCUGCUAGGAGGAAAACGAUGAAUAUGAUGUGUUGUAGCUUAUGUGUAUCAGAUUAUGAUUCGCAUGGACAUCUAUUCUUUAUGUGUAAAUAUGCUGAUAGAGUCUGGGGUGAGGUUAAAAGGUCUGUUAAUAUGCAGCAUAUUCCAUCAGAUUGGGACUCUAUAGUAUCAUAUCUUCUAUCUAAAGCUAAAUCCAGAUCUAUUUCUAGUGUCUUGGGUCGGGAUGUGGUUGCUGCGACUGCGUAUUAUGUAUGGCAGGAGAGAAACAAUAGACUUUUCAAGAAUCAUGCUCGUCCUUUUGCCAAUUUGGUUAAAGUUAUAAAAGACACGGUGGGGGCACGAUUAUGGAAUUUGAAGUUCAAGAAGACAGCUUGGGUGUCUUACACACUUGAAGCUUGGAAUAUUAUGGGAGAGUUUCAAUUCCAAGAUGGAGGCUAG